AUGGUGUCCACAGGAGUCAAGGCUCGUUUUAUAUUGCUAUUCAUCCUUGUUUGCGCAUUCAUUUCUAUCCUGAUUCUUGGAUCAUAUCAGACGCCCUCCGGCGUUCAACCUAUCCCGCACACACCGGCAAAGCAUCCGGGAGGUGAGAAGAAUGGCGCAUCCCUGACAGGCCAUGCGAUCGCGCCAAAGCUGGGCAACGAGACGGCAAAGGCCGAACUUGGUCGCGCGGCAUGGAAAGUGCUACACACGACUUUUGCCCGCUUCCCCGAGCAGCCAUCGGAAGAUGAGAAGGAGGCACUACGAUCAUUUGUGCACCUCUUCCAGAGGGUAUACCCAUGCGGAGAAUGCGCCGAACACUUCGGACAGGUACUAGCCAAAUACCCUCCCCAGGUCUCGUCACGUUCGGCGGCAGCAAUGUGGGGCUGCUUCGUCCAUAACCUAGUCAACAAGAAGCUGAAGAAACCGGAAUUCGACUGCGAGAAGAUCGGGGAUGCAUAUGACUGCGGCUGCGGGGAGGACGACAAAGACACGAAAGGCAAGGACAGUCUGCGCGCCGUAUAG